UCCGUGCUCCAGGGCUGGCGGCCGCUGCCGAGCUCUCCCACAGCCGGGCCCGAGGAGCCGGCCCCCGACCAUCGAGGCGGCCAUGGGGCCCUCCUGGAGCAGCGGGCUGAUCUUCUGCAUGGGGCUGCUUCUCUGGACCUCACAGCAGUCGCCAGUGAAAACCGAAUAUACCCUUGGCUUUUGGCCACUCCAGCUCUCAAGGACAGAAGGAGAAAACGCCACUUUUAUCUGCAACGUCUCCAGCAAGUUAAAAGCUCCCAUCUUAAACUGGUACCGAGAAAAGAAUGGCAGCCAGCCGGAGAAGUUAGCUGCCUACCCCAAAGACACGCCCAGCUCUCACCUGCAGGACAGGUACCACAUAGCCAUGAAGGGCCACAAGCGGUUCUAUGAGAUGACCAUCUUGGGGCUGCGGCUGAACGACAGUGGGAGAUACUUCUGCGGAAUUAUCAACAUCGAAACGCCGACAGUGGAAGAGAGCGGUCGGUCAGAGCUCAAUGUGACAGAAAGAAUCAUGGUCCCGACCACAGCUCCUCCUGUCACCACCCAAGCACAAUCCGAAAAGUUCCCGUGGCUCAUUGUGAUCCCGGUCGUCGUGGGGGCUGUCCUGCUGCUGCUGCUGCUCUGCUGGAUUCUGGUCGUGGUAGAAUUCCCGGGUCGAGGAGGGGCCGAGAACUCGGGGAGCAACAAGGACGCAAUGUCCCCGAAGAAGGCUGAGCCCUGCGUGGCGUCAGUGUCCACCGUGGUCUACGGUCAGCUGGACUUCCAGAGGGCCGAGGCCCUCAAGCAGGGAGGGGCCAGCUCGGACGAGCAGACGGAAUACGCCACCAUCAUCUUCCCGGAGGAGAAGUCUGCGUUUCCCGGCAGCUCUCCCCAUCGGAAGUGAGACGCUGCAGGCUGGAGAGCGCCUUGCAGGCCUCCGGAGCCCCCGGACGGCUUCCCGUCCCGUCUGAUGGAGGAGCGGACCGAGGCUCGCCGGGAUGGGUCUCCAGGUCUUCCCAGAGGCGGGCCAUCCCUCCCCGCCACACUGCCCCUCCUGGGGGAACGGCCCUGGCAGAGGGGGAGGUUUCCUGGCCCUUCAGAGAAGCAGAGCCAGCAAGGGCCCUGGGGAUCCAGCCCCUCAUUUCACAGGAGAGGAAAGAGGCCGGGAGAAGGGAAGGGACUCCCACAGGACCCUGCAAGGGCUGAGGGCAGCCCCCUUGCCAAGGCAGGCCGGGCGCUUCUUGGUCUUGGGAGCUGCCGGGAAGAGUGAGCAGCACUACAGAGCCGUGAGGAGGUGACACCCUUCCCCCAAAUGGGCCAAACGGAGGCACUCGUACCGAGAGUUGAUGCAAACUUUGUGGGCACCGGCUGCUAACUGUGAAAGUGAAAACCUUCAUGGGACUGAAGGUGGUGGGAGGCGAGGGCCUGGAGGGGAGCAUCCUCCGUCUCACUUCUUGGGGCUGCGCUAACCUGCAGCUGGAGCGGGGGGCCCAGGGGAGCUGGGCGGGGGAUGGAGCCUCCUUCUCCUCUCCCACCUGGAUCCUGCCCACUCCUCCCACUCGGUCCUUUGCCAUCCUCACCCCCAGCCCUCCCAGGGACCUGCUGUCCCAAGCCCCCAGAUCACGGAUUCGGCCCCACUAGCCUACAGCUCCUUCCCCGUGUGGCAAAGCCACCGGGGGUUUCAUUAGCUCCUCAAGGUGCCUUCAAGAAUAAGGGUCCUGCAGGACCUCGCUCCCCCUGCACACCGAUCCCUGGGAUGGCUCCUGGCCGCCCAGUGGCCCUCUGGGGCCUGCAGGACCUCACUCCCCCUGCACACCGAUCCCCGGGAUGGCUCCUGGCCGCCCAGUGGCCCUCUGGGGCCUGCAGGACCUCGCUGCUCCUGCACACCGAUCCCCGGGAUGGCUCCUGGCCGCCCAGUGGCCCUCUGGGGCCUGCAGGACCUCGCUGCUCUUGCACACCGAUCCCCAGGAUGGCCCCUGGCUGCCCUGCAGGACCUCACUCCCCCUGAACACCUAUCCCGGGAUGGCUCCUGGCUACCCAGUGGCCUUCUGGGCUAGUCUCAGCCUGAUUAACAGCAAUGUAACUGAGUCUGGACUAACUUUUUCUUUAAAGACAACUCCUCAUCUUUUCAAUCUGAACACUCCAGAUCUGGAAGCCCCUUAUUCUUGAAUCUGUGUAUUCUGCAAUUUGGCUUCUUAAAGUUAUUAUUGUUAUUAUUAUUAUUUAUUUUAAGGAGAGGUACUGCUGGGCCCCACGUUCCUGGGCUCUUCCUGGGCACUACCCACGGCUCUGACGGAGCCCCCCAGGGCAGCAUGGGCCUUGGAUUUAAGACAAGCUCUAAUUCUUUAGUUACUUUGCGUAUUUGCACUUGACCUUGGCCAGGGAAGACCACGGGCAGCCACUGAGCUGAAUCUGGCCUCCGCUGCCUCCUGGGGACUUCUGGGAAGGCCGGAGAGAGACCUGGGAAAUCCUGCUCCAUUGACAUCCCCUAAUAUUUUCGGUGGCCCGAUCGGGCUUUGGUGCCUCAUUUCUUUGAGUUUGUUUCUUUAUUGUAAAUUUAAAAAGAAACUCGUGUCUGAAGCUGUUGGUGAGCCUGGUC